AUGGUUGGGGUUGGGAAUGGAAUGUGUGUCACCCCACUGAAGAGGAAGGCAGGUUUGAUGGGGGCCCUGACCAGCCCCAGGAAGUCCAGGGGCCUGAAGCACACCAGCCUGAGGGUGAAGGCGGCGGUGGAGCGCAAGGGGAUGACGACUUAUGGGGAGGUGGCAGACGAGCUGGUGGCCGAGAGCUGCGUGGGCGGGGAGGAAGGGAAGGAGUGCACCGAGAGCGACAACCUGAGGCGCCGGGUGUACGACGUGCUCAAUGUGUUCGAUGCCGCUGGCAUAAUCAGGAAGGAGGAUAAGCAGAUAUGCUGGGUGGGGCUGCCUGUUGGAGAUGAGCCAGAACGCAGGGAGGGUGGGGAGGAUAUGGAGGAUGGGGAAGAUGGGAUGGAUGCAAAGAGCCUCGUUGAUGCCAAGAAGGCCGUCCUCUCGCAGCUGGUGGAGCAGCAUGCCGCUCUCCUAGCGCUCCUGCGAAGGAACGAGGAUCGGCCGAUCGAUUCGUGCCCGCCUGUGCCCAGGGUGCUCCAGCUGCCCUUCAUCGUGAUCCAUGUGCCCGCGAACGGGGCGGUGGAGGUUCAAAUAUCCCAGGAUGUGCCAAGUUCGUGUGUGAGGAUGGACUUCCACGACGUGCCCUUCGUGCUGCACGACGACCUGUGGCUGCUCAGGAUGAUGGACUUGCACAGGCCCACUGCCAAAGCGCCCCACAGUGGCGCACGGUGCCCCAUGGCGGUGGCACAUGACCCACUUGCGUUGCCGCCGCUGGCGUCGGCCGCCGUGCUGGAUGGGAUCAAGGCCGAGCUGCGGCCACCCAUGAUGCUGUUUAAGGAAUCGCAGGCUAGCUCACACAACGCUCACAACUUUGCAAACUCUCUGGACGAUAUUAUAGGUAUGCAGGGAGGGGGACAGCAAUUGGGGGAUAGGAUGGCGCUUUUCGAGUUACGUGAUGGCCACGGUUACACCUUUCAACCUGAACUGGGGAAGGCGGUGAUGAUGGAUGUGGCGGAAAGCAGCAACCUGACAGAUAUUAGGGCAGGGGCUGGGGCCUGUGUGAAAGGGGACUUGAGCAUGCCACCCACGACGGGCACACCCACGAGCGAGGUUCCCAUGGCACUCGCUUGA